UUCUCCAGCUGUGCGCAACACAUGGUACAAACUAAAAUGGCUGACGACGGUAAAAUGGGAUUCGAGGACAACUUCAAUCCCUCACCAAUCGUUAAAACACAAGCUGUCGUGACCUUAAAACCACCCAUGCUGAACGAGAACACUGGCGAACAGUCUCAGAAGUACCUUGUUUCUUUGGCAGCAGAUUUCGGACAGUGGAUUGUUUGAUGUACUCAAACUUAAAACCAUAGAACCACCAUGAAGGGAAAUUAUGAAGACUCGACUUUCCAAAGUCGAUCCAUUACGGAUCUGUUUAAGCAGAAGGAACCAGUGAAGAUGUGUGCCCCGAUGGUGAGGUACUCCAAACUGGCUUUUAGAACACUGGUUAGGAGAUAUGAUUGUGAUUUGACUUUCACUCCGAUGAUCAUGGCAGAUAGCUUUGUCAAAUCUACCAAGGCAAGAGACAAUGAGUUUACAACAAACAGAGAGGACAGACCGCUGAUUGUUCAGUUUGCAGCCAAACAUGCGAGGGACUUGGCUGAUGCAGCAGAGGUUGUCAGGCCUUAUGCGGACGGAGUCGAUCUGAAUUGUGGUUGUCCGCAACGCUGGGCAACGUGUGAUGGUUACGGUGCUCAUCUCAUUAAACAGCCAGAGCUAGUCAGGGACAUGGUGAGGCAGACCUGGGCAAGGACGGGCAGCGAAGACUUCACCACAUCGAUCAAGAUAAGAAUCCAUCGAAAUCUACGCGACACCGUGGACUUAUGUCAGAAGGCAGAGAGUGCAGGGGUCUCUUGGAUUGCAGUUCAUUGCCGAACCGUUCAUGAUCGAACCGAACCCGCAAACCAUGACGCCGUGAAACUCAUCAAAGAGAGUGUUGGAAUACCUGUGAUUGCCAAUGGAGAUAUAAAGAGCUUGACCGAUGUUCAUAGAGUUUGCGAGCAAACGGGUGUCGAUGGUGUCAUGGCUGCUAGGGGAAUCCUAGAGAAUCCAGCAAUGUACGCUGGUCACACUGUAACACCAAUCGAUUGUGUGCAGCAAUGGGUUGAUAUAUCGGUAUCUCUGGGUACACAGUUCCAGUAUUUCCAUCAUCAUCUAAUAAACAUGAUGGAGAAGGUGUUGACCAGAGCAGAACGGCGAGUCUUUAAUGUUAUUACUAGCACUGCUGGUGUCAUGGAUUACCUUGAAGAGAACUAUGGUAUAAGAUGCUCUUCGGAAACCCCAGGAACUGAUAGUCUUUUGAUAAAUGGAAAACUUACUGAAUCAUAAUAUAUUAAUAAUGUUUCUGUUUGCAUCAUUUCCAAGAUGUACCAAUGCAGGCCUGGAAUUUCAUCUUUCAUUUAACAAAGGGCUCUUCCGUUGGAAAUAUUUAAAAUAUCUAUGGAAACCUUUGAAGGGGCACCAAGGCCACUACCAGGGGCAACAUAGGACAUUGCCUCUUCGGCCUCCAUGUAACUCCAUGCCUGCUUCAAUGAACAUCCAAAUUUAAUAUGUCAAUUUUACCAAUACCAAAGAGAACCAAUGGCCAAAAGAGGAUGCAAUUACAUUUUUUGUUCUAACAGAAAACACAAUUAAUUUUAACCUCAGAAUUUAACCCUAAUACUAAAACUAAACCAAGAAAGAAACUGAGACUCCUCCUAAUUGUAGUAAUUAAAAAUUUUAGUAAUGUAAUUUGAUAAAAUUUCACAUGACAUUUUUUGGAAUUGGAUAAGACAAGUCAUCCUGAUGACCUUUAAACAGUGCUCUGUGAACAGGGCCCAAUUUCAUAGAGCUGCUUUUAAGUACAAAAAGUUGCAAAGAACAACAAAAUUAUGCUUACCAGAAUAAGGUUUACGAUCUCUCAUGUACCGCCUAUUAUUGAUAUUCUGCUAGUUUUUGCUUAGCAGAAAUGUUUUAAGUAAUAUUUUCUGCGUUAAAGCAAGGUAUAUUCUUUGUAAUCAGAAAAGACCAGUAUCAUCAUUUUGGUGUAUCCAAAUAUCAUGUGUAAAAAUACAGACCUGUGAGCAUUUUGGCUCAAUUGGUCUUUGGGGUUGCAAGAAGGUAUUGAAAGGAAAAACACCAUUGUUUGCAUAGAAAGUUGUGUUUUCAUACUUGAGAAAGGCUUUCAGAUUAUUGGGUGAAAAGUUACCACUUUCUCUAAAACUACACUACUUCAAAGGGGUCGUUUCUAACAAUGUUUUCAACAGCUAUCCAUUGCUCUUAACCAAAGUUAGUUGUGGUUAUCAACUUGAGGAGCAAUGACCAGAAGUAUACCCCGCCUUUAAGCAGCUCUGUGAUGUAUGCUGCCACCUAGCGAUCCGAAGUCGUAACAUAAACAAUAUCAGCCGUAUUUUGCAUAGACAAUAGUAUGGGCCAAAAACUAAGGAAAUUAACCAUAAAACAGGUACACUUUUUAGAGUUUUUAAUGAUUUAUUUUGAUUAAUGUUUUUUUAACUGAGUAGGUAUCAUGUUUGAGAAAAAACAUUCGUCUGGAUUGAAAAAAAAAGUGUUUUUCUUAUAUUAAAAAACUUGCAGCAUUCUGGAAUUGCUAACAAAUUUAGUGGUAUUUUAACUUGAUAUGUUUUAUUGUCAAGAAAUACAAUCGUCUGAAUUGAAUAAUAAAGAAUAAA